CUGCAUGCGCACCAGCCAGGAAGAAUAUAUAAACAAACAAUCCAGCGAGCACAGGCACACACGCACGCACCAUGGCUCGCGGUAUCGCCCUCGCCGUCUUCCUCCUCGUCGUCGCCUCCGCCGCCGUAGUGUUCGCCGCGGAGGCCCCGGAUGCCUCGCCGAAGCAUUCGGCCUCCACGCCAUCGAAGGCGCCCAGCGGGUCACCCGACAAGUCCGAGAAGGCCCCCACGGCGUCGCCUGAGAAUGCUGCCGCGACGCCCAAGGGGACCCCCGCCAAGGCCCCUGCAGCGGCGUCCAACAAGUCAGAGGCGUCGCCUUCCGAGGCGCCCGCCUCCGGGUCCGGCGCUGCGUCACCUAGCGAGAGCGGCGCGUCGGAGAAGGCCCCCACCGGUGCCCCCACGGACGCGUCGGCCAGCCCUUCUGCGUCUCCGUCAGGAGACGAAGCCGCCGCAUCGCCUGACAGCAGCAGCAGUGCCGCCUCCGAAGAACCUUCCGCCAGCAGCGAGUCCAGCGGCGCUGCCGAGGAGCCGUCGACGGCUGAGUCCGGCGGCGCAUCCGCCGACAGCCCGCCCGAGCCGGCCCACGCUUCGGACUCGCCAGCGGAGUCUCCUGGCCCGGCCGCUGAUCACGAGGGCGGCAGCUCGAGCUUGGGUGCCGGCGUCGGCGCGGCCGUGCUGGCCGUGGCCGCGGCCUCCGUGAUGCUUUCUUUCUAGACGGCCGCGGUGGCUCUGAUGGCCGGCAUCAGAGUCUCAGAUGAGCAAUUCUUUGGGAAUCUGUAUUUAUGGUGUUAUGCAUGGGAAUGGGAGUGUCGACGACUACGCUGAUUAGGAGUUUCUGAAUUUCUCCUCAAAAUAUUUAGGCCUCUAUUUCAUCAUUUGGGGUUGCUUAACUUUUCUCCUGUGUUUCUCUCAUGGUUUUUCUUCGUUUGUAAUUUGAAUGACGAUGAAUGAAUUAUUGCAUAGUCGUGUUUUAUUUU